AUGGCUCCUUCAAUCGACCGCUUCAUUGCCAUCUCGUGCACUGUUGUUGGGGUCGGUCCUGGUGGAACGACCAGCUUACUUGCACGUCUCGCCAUUGUGGACUAUCGCGGCGCAACGAUUUUCGACACAUAUGUCACGCCUACUACAACGGUGACAGACUAUCGGACACAGCAAACGGGAAUUACUCACGAACAUUUAAAUUCUGCGGAAGCGAUGUCUUUUGCCGAUAUUCAAAGGCACUGUUCUCAAUUUUUUAGAGGAAAAAUCUUGGUCGGUCAUAGUCUUUGGAAUGAUCUCGCUGGUGAGGCUGAAUCUAACCAUUUAACUUUGGUUGAAGUUCGAGCAUUAACCUUCUUUUUCGACCCGUCCACAGUUCUUGGCUUGCCCCAUCGGGCGAUCGACACUCGCGACGUGGGACUAUAUAUGCCAUUUCGCAACGCCUUGAGAAGCCCAAGCCAAACAAUUGGACUCCAAACUCUCAUGUGGCAACUCAUGUCAAGGCGCUGCCAAGAGGGACAGAUAAACCCGGUUGAGAAUGCUCGUGCGGCUUUGGAUCUUUAUCGAAGCGACGCAGAUGCAUGGGAGGCGGCCAUUGGCCGAGGAAAUUGGCCAUGUGCUCUUCCGCCGAGUACCUUCUCUCGCUGUUACCUUUGA